GCUAGAUGUGUGGGUAAAACUAUACUUUCCGUCAUCCCUCUAUUUAGAUCUUGAAACUAAUCAAAUCUAGCUUAAUGUAACCUAAUCUAACUGCUCCCUAAAUUUCGCUGGAUGACUGAAACGAUAAUAAUAUCAAACCAGUUGGCAGUGAAACUGAAACCUUAGCCGAGAAGGAUCCAUCGACCUAAAAGAAUCAGUAAAGUUCCGUGCAUGGUCACUACGGAAUAUUUUACAAUAUUUACCAUGGAAUAUAUUAUUACUUUCACCAGGAUUUCACAUUACAUGCCAAUGCCCAGGAUAUAUUUACUUGGGGUAUUAUACUUAGCAUUACAACUCAUCACCGACCUCUGCAUACUGUUGUGAUCGGUUACAAUAAUAGUUACUAGUGCUUUAUUGGGGAGGUAAAUGACUAUUUAAAAAAAAAUUGUCAUAGUGUUGAUAAACUUAAUCGUAUGCACAUUAAUAAGAUAUUAUGCAAGCUAGAAUAAGUAAAUCGUGCUACACCAUAUAUUAGAGGUCAUCUGGACAGCCAACGAUGUCUAACAUUUUCAUGUGUGCAUUUUUAUUUUUUUUGUAAAACAUGGUAUUUCAUUUAAUCCUGCAUUCAAUUAAUCUCGUUUAAUAAUUUACAAUAGAUUGACUUCUUCAUCUAGAAUACACAUCGGUAACAAAUAUAUCGACCAAAAUCCUCGAUUAAAUAUCAACUCUGAAGGAAGUAUAAUAAAUUACUCAGUUUUCUUACAUAGUGUAUGAAUUCACUCGUAGGUCUGGAGGUGGGUAUAGAGCUGCCCAAUAUUUCCUUUGAGAGUUCAUUACUGAUAAAAUCCACUGAUAACAUUCAUUACAUAUGUUAUCAGACGAGAUAAGGACGGUGUCGUGGUAGCCUGAUAAAGAUUCCAUAGGUCCCUUCAAGUUUCUAGUUGAAGGCUGCUGAAGAGAUUCUCCACUAGAAGUGCUGUUGUUCUGGAGAGAAAAACAUUUCUCUUAAGUUUUUUCAGUAUCAGUUUAAUAUAUGAACUGGAUUAGUAUUUGUUCUGAGGCCUUAGCUGUUGAAACAGUGAAGUACAACACAUGUUCGGUGAAGUAAUCGACUGGAUUUGUCCAGAAAUAGUUCCAUCUGGCUAUUUUUGGUGGUGAACAUAUUGACAAGCAUCUUGAUACCGUCUUUAGAUAUUUAAUUAGUGACAUUGAAAAUAUAAAACGUAAAAAUAAUUAUAUAAGGUCAAAUGUGGGUUCAGGGAGGAUAUGGGACAUGUCUGAUCCUGCAGAUGACAAUAGACGUUUGCAAUGUUCACCCCAAGCCAAGUGGUGCAAGAGAUCCUGCAGGUGUAGACGGCGGGGCGCUUGAAGCCGAGGGAUGAACUACAACUUAGCGACACUCCUGCUGCUGCUGGGAACGGCCACUGCACUCACUUACCAAGAUUGUGUGGUGUCGAGUAGCAGGAAGGUAAAGUGGGCAUGGUCACAAGUGGUGGUGGGGGCAUGGGUUACCCCAAAUAUCACCCAUAACAUGCCCAGUCUUCAGUUUGAGAUCAGUUUCCUGGAGAAUUCUACAGCUACAAGGCAAGACAUAAUACAGGUUUACACAAACUUUAUUAGUGUAAAAAUACAUGAAAGUUACCAAAACUUUGAUUUGACGAAACCAUUGAGUGAUGUCUCGGGGUGGCUCAACAUUACGUUAUCAAUCCGUAAAAAUGUGACACUGACCAAUGCAGCUUUAUCAUCUGGGCUGCUUAUCACCUACCCUGUACUCCACCCUGCUGAGGAAGUUGUUAUCUAUGGCAGCAACAUCACCAUCAACUGUCAUACUGGGAAAAUGUCAUGGCGUGUAGAGGGCAAAGGAGAAGUGAUGCCCUUGUCCAACAUGUCAGGUUGGCAUUGUUUGGCUGUGUACUCCAACCACCACAUCCUGCCAACCAUCAUACUGGGUGGAAGGACUCUCACUCUAGGCUGGGACAAUAACAGCAUCAGUACCAACACCACCAACCCUUUACCACCCUUUACUGAGCACCCACUGGUUGUGGACUGCUUGGAUUAUAUCACAAAUGGUGUAUCUUGCAAGAUAAAGGAGGGCUCAAAGGUGCUGGCAUCAUUAUCACUUGUGUCAAGACCAACAUUCAUGGUGAUAGACAAUCCGGACCAGCAUCCAUUCUACAUCCUGCAGAAAAUAUCUACACUGCCGCCCAGUCACAGCAAGCCAAUUGUUGAUGCUUUGCCUCCCUCUCCUGUAACCAAUGCAUCUCCUGCUUCCACCAGCACAGAGCAUCCCAAAGACCUUGGCUGGAGUGGUUGGUGGGUGUUUAUAGCAGUGUUGCUGGCCAUCCUCCUUGUCUUUGUCAUCAUCAUGUGUGUUGUCUCACACUAUCACAGGCCAAAGAUUGAGAAAUACCUCGGAGGAAUGCACCUCAUAUCAGAAUCUAUGCAGGAAGAUGUGGAGAUCCAGCUGCAGCCAGAGAGACGACCCAUGUUGAUGAGGUCUGUCUCUCUGAUCAAUACUGAUGACCCCAGAUCUGCAGCACCACUGAGACUGUGGAAUGCAGUGGCAUCAGGAGAGCAGGAGGAGGUGGAGCAGGUGCUGGCUACCCUUGGGCCCAGUCCUCAAGUGACAUUAGAUGGCUGGGAUACUUCACCAUAUGAAGAAGCUCAUCGCAGAGGUCACAGUAAUGUCCUACAGACAGUGGAGGCCUUUAUGCACCUUCAACCUGAUGUUCCACACAAUGAUAUGAUACUGGGUGUUUUACAGGACCACUCAAAAAAAGUAGAUGCAGUGUUUGAAGCAGCAAGUGGUGGACAGUACCGGUACUCAGGUGGUGUUGAUGUAUUACUUCGUGCCUACAGUCUCCCAGGUACAAUUCAAGAUCAACAUGGCCGCUCUCUUUUGCAUUAUGCUUCAUCUGUUAUGUUAGCUGAUGGAGGACCUCUUUGGCUUGCACCUGACAUCAGGAGUCUUGUGGAGAAUCAUGGCGUGUAUGUUAAUGCUGUUGAUUUUAAAGGCUACACAGCACUGCAUGCCCUGGCGGAGAAAGCCAGUGUAAGUGAACGCAACACGUGUUGGGAUGGGAAGGCCUUGAGUGUAAAAGAGGCUUGGGUGAAUUUGGCUAGCUUAGUUUUGUCACUGGGCUGUGACCCACGACUGUCCAACCACCAGAACAAAUAUUCUCAUCAGCUGGCACGUGACAGUGAUAACGCACACCUAGCCAACCACCUUGCCAAGGCUGUGGGAAGUCUUGGAAUGAUAAAUUCUGCUGAGUCUUUGGCAAGAUUCAAGGAUUUAGUUGAAGCUUCAAGAACGGGGAAUGUAACAGUAAUGCAAGAUCUCAUGAUGAAAGGUGUGCGAAUUUUGCCCCUGGGGACCCGUAAAGACCCCCUACUUGAGGCUAUCCAGGGGGGCCACCGAGAUGCAGUGUUUCUCCUGUUGAGUGCUGGAGCGCCCCUCUGUGCUCAUGGCCUUCUAGGAAACACACCUUUUGAAGCUGCACAUAAUACAAUUGGUCUUCCUGCUCUCUUUCCUGCUCUUAUUAGGAAGGCAUUUUGUAAUAGAUUACAAGCCGAGAUGGAGAUGAUACCAGGUUCUGACGACAUACAAAACAUUAUGAAUGAUGGAAUGGCAUACCUGAAAACCAUUGCUGAGGUAUCAGGACACAGACUGGGAGAGGAAUUGAAUACUUGGCUGGACCGCUGGCCAACAAGCAGCUCACUCAAUUAUACUGAUAUGCUGGCAGUAGCAGCUGGAUUAGGGCUGACUCUCACCUGCCAGCUUCUGGGUGUGGCUGGGGUAUGUCUUAACCCUCUGCCAAACCACCUACAUCCACUUGCUCAGGCUGUCAAUAACAACCAUCUUGAAACUGCAUAUUCUUUAUGUCGUGACUUAAAGAUGAAUCCCUGUAGCUCAAAUUACAAUUUUGACAAGAUAUCCGAACAACUUAUGAAUGAUUUGUUGGAGAGUGAGUUGCAAAAAUUUGAAAGAAAAUUAAGGAAAAAAGAAAUUGGAGAUUCAGCCACUGAAGACUUGUUAAAUUAUGCAAAAGGAACAAAAGAAGGACAGACUGAUAAACAGACUAGAGCAUUUCUGUAUUUGCUUGCUGAACUGAGCCUUGUAACAAUAUUGCAUAGAAUAAGAAGAGUGCACAGCCAUUUGGAUAUUAAUGGAAUAGUGCACCAGGCCUCUGGGAGCACUAUGCUGCAUAUUGCUGCAUCCUAUGGUAAGAUUAACAUGAUUGAGUAUCUUUUGUCCCAAGGGGCUGACCACACUUGCUUGACAUCAGGUGGCCUUGCUGCAGUGCACUUAGCUGCAAUAAGAGGCCACAAGGAGUGCAUGGAGUACAUGGAAGAGUACACUGGAACUGAUAUGGAAUGUAGUGUUGGUAUGAAGCCUCGGGUAAUGUUACAACAAUUCAAUGAUAGUAUUAACAGGUGUCAUUUGGAUCUUUUGUCUUCCCAAGAUAUUUCUAAGAUAUCAAAUGUAAAGGGGGAUCAUGCCAAGGCAAAACUAAUACUGUCUCAUAGAUGUAAUAAGCUUGGAAUUACAAAUCUCACUACUCUGUGGGAUACCUUAAUUCAAGAACAGAAGAAAAUGGAGGAUAUUGUGUCCAAUGAAUUUGAAAGUUGUGUGCAGCAUGAUAUUCAAUUGUUAUUUGAUAAGAUUAAAGAAGUUGAUGAAAGAUUUGCUGGGAAAGUUAUAUCGAGUUACCCAUUAGCUGAAAAAAUUGAAUUAUUCCUCCCAGAGAAUUUUGAAUUUUAUCUUGAGGUUGAUGAGUAUCAUUCCUUGAAAGGGGGCUGUAUCUCCAUUGAGGAGAUUGAAAGAAAUGAAAGAGAAUGUUUUGUAAAAAUUUCUUCAUCUAGGGAUCAGGAUCUCUUCAUAGGAGCCAAUUUUAGAAACUCAUUCUUCAAAGCAACCCAUGAGGCUCUUGUAACAACUAGCUUUAAAUCUCUUGCACUGAUAUCACCUUUCUUAGCACACACUCCAACUGGAGUGUGCAUUUAUGCUGCUUACCGGGAGAAGCAGAGAAUGUUGCUAUUGCGUUUAAUGCUCAAUCCAGUCUUGAAGGCCCCAUUCCCAAAAUGGUUUCAACUGCAUAAGCUACCAAAACGAUUCCAGAAUUACUUACAGUCUCACACUUAUGAACACGUAACCAACACAUCUGAAGGAAACUGGGUGUUCUUAUUUAAUGUUGCACAUAAAUAUAUUAUUGCUAGAGUGACGGAAGAAGAACGCAUUGUCCUACAAGCUUGCUUUUUCUUUGUGAAGCUGUUGAGCACCUCCUGGUGGCUGCCAAAGCAAGAAGAACGCCGCUAUGGUCGUUCCUGGCAAAUAUAUCCUGUAGGUGUAAGUGUUCCCAACCUUAGGACCUUGAAAUCCCUUUUUCUUGAACAGUUGAUGGAGCAACAACCACUGUCAUGGGAUAAAGAAUACUUUAUUGAAAGAAUUAUAAGUGUUUUAAAAAGGGCAUCAUAUUCUGAGAAAUAUGUUGAAUCUCUUAUAAUGCCUUUACUAUGGGAACCAAAGGUGAGUGGAGCAAUACAAGCUACUGUUCAGUUUCUUCAGAGUUUGCAGGAAAUAAAUCAUGAUAAAGUAAAGAAGAAUGUAAUUUUCAAAAUACUGUAAAGUAAAGGUAUGUGUGUAUUUUCUUCUUACCGGAUGUUGCCAAUAUGUAUAUGUUUAUCAAGGAAUUUAAUCAGUACAGUAGAACAGUAUUACAUACCGGUAUGUAAAGUACAGUGGGGUAUGCUAUAACGAAUGGAUUCUACUACGAAUAUUCCUAUAACGAACGAUUUUACCUAUAAAAUUGAGAAUGCUAUAACGAACGCAACUCCUACAACGAACGCGGAUGAA